AUGCGUGAUAAAGUUCUUUACCUGCCAACAGAUCAGGACAGAGUAUCAGGAUUCGACAAGGCCAUUGCAGGCUUUGAGUAUUUUAUAAUGGAAAUAAGGAAGCAUCGCGAUAGGUUUCGUGGUGAAGCUGCCCAAGGGACAUGGGUUAAAGGAACUCAUGAGUUGGAUCAUAAUAAUCUGAAAGUUAAGGUUAAGUAUUCCGUGGCAACUAAAAUUCCUUGGUAUUAUGAUUUCUUCAACUAUUUAGCAUGCAAGGUUUUGCCAUCGGGUGUAUCCUCUCAACAAAAGAAGAAGUUUUUACAUGAUGUGAAACAAUAUAUUUUGGAUGAUCCGAUUAUUUUCAAGCAUUGUGUUGAUCUUGUUAUAAGAAGAUGUGGACCAGAAGAGGAAGUGAGUGAAAUUUUGUUCCAUUGCCAUUCUUCUCCAGCGGGUGGACAUUUUGGAGUUGUGAGGACUGCUGCAAAGGGUAUUGAUUUUAUGGGAGCAUUCCCACCUUCUUUUGGUAAUCUAUAUAUUCUCUUAGCGGUGGACUAUGUAAGUAAAUGGGUAGAGGUUGUUGCAACAACUACAAAUGAUGCUAGGGUGGUAGUCAAAUUUAUGCAAAAGAACAUUUUCUUUUCUCGAUUUGGUACACCUAGAGCAAGACUUAGUGAUGAAGGUACCCAUUUUGCAAAUAAAAUUUUUGAUGCUCUUAUGGCGAAGUAUGGAGUAAGACAUAAGAUGGCCCUUGCUUACCAUCAGCAAUCUAAUGGUCAAGCUGAGAUAUCUAAUCAGGAAAUUAAGCUUAUCUUGGAGAAAACAGUGCAAUACAAUAGAAAUGAUUGGUCUAAUAAGCUUGAUGACGCUUUAUGGGCUUAUAGGAUGGCUUUCAAGACACCUAUAGGCAUGUCUCAUUACCGGAUUGUGUUUGGGAAGCCUUGUCAUGUACCAUUUGAGCUUCAACACCUUGCACAAUGGGCCAUUAAAAAGCUGAAUUUUGAUUUGAAAGCUUUGGGAGAGAAAAGACUUCUUCAACUUAAUAAGUUAGAAGAAAUUCUUCAUGAAACAUAUGAGAAUGCACAGAUUUAUAAGGAGUGA